AUGACUAAAUUCAGGCCUUGUAUUGACCUCCACUCCGGUCAAGUCAAGCAGAUUGUUGGAGGCACAUUGAGCAAUAUAUCCGCGGACUUGAAGACAAACUAUGUAUCGAAGCUCCCCGCCAGCCAUUACGCCGAAUUAUAUCGGAAGCACGAUCUGCGCGGAGGCCAUGCUGUGAUGCUUGGGCCUGGGAAUGAUGAAGCCGCAAAGGAGGCACUCAAGGCAUGGCCGGGGGGGAUCCAGGUUGCUGGUGGCAUUACCGACAAGAAUGCCCAGUACUGGAUUGAUCAAGGUGCGGAGAAGGUUAUCAUUACAUCUUUUCUCUUUCCAGAGGGGAAGUUCUCUCUCGAGCGACUAGAAUCAGUCUUGUCGGCACUUGGUGGUGAUAGAUCGAAGCUGGUCUUGGAUCUGAGCUGCCGAAGAAAGGACAAUACUUGGUUUGUGGCUAUGAACCGCUGGCAAACCAUUACGGAGAUGGAAAUCACCCAGGAAUCGAUUUCACUACUGGAGCCGUAUUGUUCCGAAUUCCUUAUUCAUGCAGCCGACGUCGAGGGACUGCAGCAGGGUAUCGAUGAGGAAUUAGUGUCCAAGCUAGCUCAGUGGUGCACCAUCCCUAUUACAUACGCUGGAGGUGCACGUAGUUUGCAGGAUCUAGAAAAGGUUCACACGAGCAGUCAAGGGAAGGUUGAUUUGACGAUUGGAAGCGCUCUCGACAUUUUUGGUGGGUCGGGUGUGACAUUUGACGAAUGUAUUGCGUGGAACGAAUCUCAUUAG